CCUUUCGUCGCGUCGUGUUCCGCUGUUUUUCGAAUUUCCCGGCCGAUCUGUUGCUGUGCCGUUUUCGCGCGCGACCUUGGCGAAACCUGAAACGUUAUCAGCGCCGACGCGCCAGCAGCUGACCGGAGUGCGUCACGUGUGUUCAGUGUCUUUGAAAAAAUAUCACUUUCGUCCGCUCUCCGGCCGUCCUGCCUAACGAUAACAACCGCUGACCGUUGCGUUCCAUCCCGGCAAAAGUACACUAUUUCUGUGUCCUCGGUUCGUUGUAGCCGUACGCGGUCAAUCGACGAACGAGGAUCACGUCAAGACCGAGAACAAGCGACCGUCGACCGCGAUGUCAGGGAAUAAAUCCAACGAGACACGUUACGUUCCGCAGUGGAUGACCGAACUGAACAACCAAAAGACGACACACUUUAACCCGGUUCAAAGGGUGGAACAACCGACCAAAGAAUUUAUCAAAUUUGAAGGGAAAAUUAUAUGGUGCGCGUUUGCUAAUGUCCUUGCAUCAUAUGCCGAAGAUAUUUUGACCCAAAUUGAUUCCAAUGAAAUGUCCGAAGUCGUGUAUGGUUUUGAUAUGGAAUGGCCUGUAAGUUUUAUUGGAAAACAGAAAAAAACUGCUCUCAUACAAAUUUGUACUGACCAUUCCACGUGUUAUUUAUUCCAUGUAUAUUAUAUUGAGAAACUUCCUUCUAUAUUUGUUCAUCUGAUUAAUCAUCCAAGGGUUAGAUGGUCAGGUGUUUACAUUAAAAAUGAUUUCAAAAAACUCAGUAAAGAUUUCAAUAUUGAUGUCAGCGGAGCUCUAAGUAAAGUUAUUGAUUUGGGUUCUUACGCUAAUAAAGUCUUAAACUUCGAUACAAGUUCUAUAUGGAGUAUGGUUAAUUUGGUACAAAAUUUAUUAAAAAAAGAUGUAAAUAAAGAUCAUAAUAUUCGGAUGGGAAAUUGGCAUGAUACAAAUUUAAACCAACUGCAAUGUAUGUAUGCAGCUACUGAUGCCUAUAUAUCCUUAAUACUGUAUGAACAUCUAAAAAAAAUUGAAGUAAAAUAA